GUCGGUUACAAACAUGUCUGGGUCGUGCACAAUCUGGACACUUGUGUUCUAAAACGCUGUGGUGUUAACAGCGGUGCUCCGGGUCAUGUCUGAUGAUAGGGCACGUGCGGUGUGGCUUUUAUCGUUUGUAAUGUGGAUAUUUCGCCGUGCUUAGUUCCCGGGUUUCAGCAGGUUUUAUUUUUGUGGUAUGGUCCACUUGGAACUGGGAACCUGAGGGGUCAAAGUAGGGGGGUGGGUGAAAAAGUAUAUUCGGCACCUGGCUUGUUUUAGAGUCCCAUAAACCAUGUUUUUUUUCAGUUAGUUAUUGAAAACGUUCUCUUGUAUUUUUGACUCCGUUCUGCGCUAGCGCUAGCAUACCCAUUUUCAGCCUCGUUCCAAUGGUACCCCUACAAUGCGUUUAGACUGACCGUUUUGAAACUGAUUUGGCUUUAACUAGAACUGCUAGUUACUGUGACGAUUUGCUGUAAGGGGAGAAUACCAUACAUUCACCAAUAAUAUGUUUUACCUCUUAUUUUGUUACUAGCAUCGCCUAUAUUAGGAUGUCGAUAUCCCAGCCCAAUUUCUAUGUGGCUGACUAGCAAGCUACGACACUAGCUGUGUAAUUGUAUCAAACGGUUAUUGCGAACUAGUGUGGUUGGAUACUAUUACAUGCAAACAUCACAUUGUUACAUUUAAAUUAAUUAGUCUUCAGCAUGCAUCCCUCUGAGAAAUCAAAAGAACACACAUUCAACUAUACGUGAUCGUUUGCAAUAUAUUAAAUGCCUGAUUAUGCAUUGAUGCCUCUGUAUACCCAGUUGCAAGUAUGCAAACUGAUUUUGAAAAGCACAAGUAGGCUGCUCAAAUUGAAUAAUGCAUUAUUGAAGUGAAGUGUACAUGAUGUUCUCAGCAGAGAUGCGGAAAGAUUUCUGAAAAUGCUCCCCCUAGGUGCAGCCCUUGAGUUAUGACACUGUUUUGGGUUUAGAUGUAGUUUGCAUCAGUCCUCUCCUCUCAGAUAUAACCCAGGGUCACAGAGGUAAAGGCGGUCUUUGUGUAAUCUUCAACGGUAAUGAACAGAAUAAUCCAUCAUCAUCAGUGAAACAGCGUUUGCAGACCAUUGCAGCUCCUGUGAGUUGCCCAACUCUUGCCAACGGUUAAACUGUGUCAUUGCUGUGAGCCUGUGACAUCAUCGUAACCACUGGAGAUCCAUGACCUGCGAGCGUGGUGUGGUCAGGUGAAGGCGGGAGGCUGUUACAGAAGGCCCGUGGAGCAGUUGCCAUGGAGACCAAGCAGGAAGUGGCCCCCGUGUGGAGCCAGCCGGAUAACGAGGCCGGGAAUGCCACUCAGGUGCACUUUGAAGGAGGCACGGUGGCGCAGAUUGUGUACAGCGGGGACCAGCAGGAGCGGGGGCCCCAGCAGGUGGUCUACGCCGCGGACGGAAGCUCCUACGCCUCGGUGGAGUCGGCGGAGCACACGCUGGUCUACAUCCACCCAGCCGAUGGAGCGCAGACGGUGUUCACAGAUCAGCCCCAGCUGGCCUACAUACAGCAGGACGGCACCACGCAGCAGGUGACCGUGCUGCUGCCCAGCGGCCAAAACAUGAACGCUGCCAAUCUGCACGUGCUCAGUAACGUGGCGGAGGCCCCCCAGGCCCUACUGGAGCCUGUGCCUCAGGUGCCAACUUCUGUGUCCGCGGCCUCCUUGGCAACCAUGGCCGUGGGCCAGUCUUCACUCAGCCACCUGGGGCCCCUGGGGGCCACGGACUCGGCCCUGGACUCGGACGAGGAUGAGGACGAUGAUGAGGCAGAUGACUCUGACCUGGAUGACUGGGACCUGGGGCCCCUGAGACCUUUCAACCCUCAGGACCUGUGGUGUGAGGAGUGCAAUAACGCUCACCCCUCGGUGUGUCUGAAACACGGGCCCCUGCACCCCAUCUCUAACCGGCUGGUUCUGUCCAAGGCCCGGGCCAGCCUGCCUCUCGUGCUGUACCUGGACCGCUUCUCGGCCGGGGUCUACUCCAAACGCCGCAUCCCCAAACGCACGCAGUUCGGCCCCGUGGAGGGGCCCUUGGUGCGACAGAGCGAACUGCAGGACGACUACAUCCAGCUCAAGGUGUGCAUGCUGGACGCGCCCAAAGACGAGCAGCGGGAGGACACGUGGGUGGAGCUUUCAGACGAGGACCGCUGCAAUUGGAUGAUGUUCGUCCGGCCCGCCCAGAAUCACCUGGAACAGAACCUGGUGGCCUAUCAGUACGGAGCAGACAUCUACUACACCACCAUCAAAAACAUCCAGCCCAAACAGGAGCUCAAGGUGUGGUAUGCUGCCUCUUAUGCAGAAUUUGUCAACCAGAAGAUUCAUGACAUCACCGACGAGGAGAGGAAAGUCCUGCGCGAGCAGGAGAAGAACUGGCCCUGCUACGAGUGCAACCGGCGCUUCAUGAGCUCCGAGCAGCUGCAGCAGCACCUCAACAUGCACGAUGACAAGCUCGACUUCGUCACCAGGGGGAAGGGGCGGAGCCGGGGGCGGGGCAGGAAGCGCUUCGGCACGGGCCGGAGGCCAGGGCGCCCGCCCAAAUUACUGCGCCCCGAAAUCUCUGUGGAGAUCGGCGAGGACCGGGCACAGGACAUCCUGGGCUUUUCGCCGAAGGGCCCGUUCGGAGAGGGGCCGGACGGGGCCCUGAAUGGACUGAGGGACAUGGACCUGGGGGCCCAGGGCGGGGUCCCCGGCACCCCUCCCCGGCUGGAUUCGCAAGACGGCCUGGCCGAGCUACCCCCCAGCAGCGAGCUGGCCCCCGUCACUGACUCCCCUGAGACCCCCCUACCGGGGGCGGACCCCCCCGAGUCCCCCAAGGAGGACACGGGGCACGGGAACCAGGCCGACCCCCACCUCACCCCCGAGGACAUGAGAAGGGCCCGUCGGAUUCGGAACGCGGCCCUGCAGCACCUCUUCAUCAGGAAGACGUUCCGGCCCUACAAGUGCUCGCAGUGCGGCAAGGCGUUCCGCGAGAAGGACAAGCUGGACCAGCACCUGCGCUACCAUGGCCGCUCCAGCACCUGCCCGCUCACCUGCCACGUCUGCAACAAGGGCUUCCUCAACAGCGCCGCCCUGGAGGCACACCUGCGCCUGCACGCCGACCAGAAGACCUACUCCUGCCUGUUCUGCGCCGAGUCCUUCGACCGGCUCGACCUGCUCAAGGAGCACGUGGGCAUCCACCUGGUGGACGGCCGCUUCAGCUGCCCCUCCUGCAAGAAGCGCUUCAGUGACUUCAUCCAGGUGAAGAAGCACGUGCGCAGCUUCCACUCGGAGAAGACGUUCCAGUGCACGGAGUGCGACAAGGCCUUCUGCAGGCCCGACAAGCUGCGUCUGCACAUGCUCCGCCACUCCGACCGCAAGGACUUCCUCUGCUCCACCUGCGGCAAGCAGUUCAAGAGGAAGGACAAGCUCCGCGAGCACAUGCAGCGCAUGCACAACCCCGAGCGCGAGGCCAAGAAGGCCGACCGCAUCCACCGCUCCAAGACCCUGAAGCAGAAGGUGCCCACCACCGACAUCGAGAGCUUCAUGUUCAAGUGCCGGCUCUGCAUGAUGGGGUUCCGCCGGCGCGGCAUGCUGGUGAACCAUCUCUCCAAGAGGCACCCGGAGAUGAGGAUCGAGGAGGUUCCUGAGCUCACCCUCCCCAUCAUCAAGCCCAACAGAGACUACUUCUGCCAGUACUGUGACAAGGUGUAUAAGAGUGCCAGUAAGCGGAAGGCCCACAUCCUGAAGAACCACCCGGGGGCCGAACUUCCCCCCAGUAUUCGAAAACUGCGGCCGGCAGGCCCCGGGGAGCCCGACCCCAUGCUGAGCACCCACACCCAGCUGACCGGCACCAUCGCCACGGCGCCCGUCUGCUGCCCCCACUGCGCCAAGCAGUACAGCAGCAAGACUAAGAUGGUGCAGCACAUUCGGAAGAAGCACCCAGAGUUCGCCCAGCUGGCUAACAGCAUCCAGGCCCCGCUGGCAACGGCUGUCAUCAGCAGCGCCCCGGCUGUCAUCACUGCGGACGGCACUGCAGCAGAGGCAGUGGUGACCACAGACCUGCUGACCCAGGCCAUGACGGAGCUGUCCCAGACCCUGACCACAGACUACCGGGGGGCUCAGGGAGACUACCAGCGCAUCCAGUACAUCCCCGUCUCACAGGCAGGGGGCGCCCUGGCUCAGCCACAACACAUCCAGCUGCAGGUCGUCCAGGUCGCGCCGGCGCCCUCUCCCCAGGGCUCCCAGCAUUCCACGGUGGACGUGAGUCAGCUGCACGACCCCAGUGCCUACGGCCAGCACUCCAUCCAGGUGCAGCACAUCCAGGUGACAGAGGCCACUGCAGCCGGGCAGGGGGGGGCCCAGGUCACAGGUCAGGCUCUCAGCCCCUCCUCCCAGCAGGAGCUUAGCCCCACCCAGUUGGCCCCGGUGACCCUCGCCCAGGGCAACGCCCUACAGACCACCUCCUCCCAGCAGGGGGCGGUGCAGCACACGUACCUGCCUGGGAACUGGAACUACAGGGGUUACCCCUCGGAGAUCCAGAUGAUGACGCUCCCUCACGCCCAGUAUGUUAUCACAGAGACAGGAGCUCCCGUGACCACCGUCAACAGCAGCCAGGUGAAAACGCAGACGCACUACGUGAUCUCUGAAGGGCAAGCGGAGCUCGACCCAAAACUGGUCCAGGCCUCGUCCCAGGUGCACCCGGACCAGCUGGAGCAGCAGACCUCCGACCCGCAAGCCCCCGCCCAGUACAUCAUCACCACCACCACCAACGGCAACGGAUCCAGCGAGGUCCAAAUCGCCAAACCGUGACCCGUCGCCCCACCAAACCCCGACCCACAGUUCCCCCAAACCUCCCCCCGGGGCCACCCCGGUCCCGCCUUCACGCACACAAACAUUCUUCCAGUUGGCAGGGAUGAUGGAGGAAGAGGUGGAUCUCAACCGAACAUCUGUGUGUCCGUCACGGCUUCAAGCCUCAUCACAACUGGGGGUGUGACCCACCCAUGACAGUGGAAGAAAAGUGGAUAUCGCACAAAAUUACAGGACUUGAUAUAUCUAUAUUUUUUUUCCUUUUUGUUUCCAGAGGCAACCGAGUUCAUAACAGUCCCAUAAUACUGUGAACGAGCGUGUUUAUAUUUUUUAAAACACUGGAACGUCUGCAUCAGGUGCAGUCUCCCUAAAGAAUGACUGAACAUAGACACAGACAGAAGCUCUUAAUGGCAGAUCCGUCCUCCCUUAAACACCCCCCCCCCCGUGCUUAAAUCUAACUUAAAAUCCUCUUUCCAAAACUUCUCUCCAACAUACCAAAUUUGCGAAACACCUCCGUUGUGAAAAGUCCACAUUUGUAUAUUUGAGCUUUUUACAAACACAAUGAUUAUUGUUUAUGAGCUGUUUCAUAUGAUUUUUAGAAGUUAGUGCAGGCGAUGAAAGAAUGAACCUGUGCGGUGUUCGUAUCAUUGGUAGAGAGCAAAGUACUUGUGUUGCAGAAAUAAAGGAACUCUUAACAGCUUACUUAGUUGCGCAGUUCCUGUUACACAGUCAAAUCUUAAAUCAAGAGAAGAGGGACAAUCUUUCUGAGCGAGUGGAUGAAGCACAAGGUUUUCUUUUUUGGGAUGCAGAUUGAUAUGAAGACUUAUGCGGAACAAAAUACAUUCCCUCUUAACACUCAUUGUGCCAAAUGAUCCAACAACUGGACUACAAACCUGCAAAUCCUCUUUAGGACACCUAGGGUGAUAUGCCUUACUUUAAACAUCAAUGUCUGAGGUUGUUAGUUGUGAUUUCCCCCCAAAAAAACUUUUUUGCCAUUUUGCUUUUAUCUACACACAUAAACGUUUUGGCACACCUCACCGAGCCCUGCUAAGUGUUUAAUGUGUUGUAACAUAUUUGCCCUUGACCAGCAGCUGUUCAGUGUCUCUAAAGGGAAGAAGAUAUUUGUACAAUUUCUGCCAUGGUGAUGGAACAAAAUGAGCUUAUAUAAAUAAGAAACAUUAUAAUAAAUGUCUCCUUUCUGUACAGUGGUAUACAGGUGCAGUUGUCCCAUUGUUGUAUGUGCCAUUGAGAAAUUGAACAAAUAAAUAAUUUUAUAUCCACUCA